AUGAUGGCAGAAGCAACUGUGAUGCAGUUUCCUGCACGCAUUGAAUGGUUCUGGCAGACAAGAGAUGAGCCACCUAAAUGGUACAGAUAUUCCGAUGUUGAGAACAUUUUGAUUGAAGAAGCUUUUCAAGUUAAACAAGAUCAAGUCAUUUUGGACACAGUUCAAAUUGAUUUUGUCCAUCAGGUGCAAAUCUCCAGUGACAACAACAAUAAUCCGCAAUCAGUACCUGUGAAACGUGAAGUAAAGACCACAAGAGACAAAAUACUAAGAGAAGAUCGAUUUAUACGUAAUCCUAUACAUCCGGAUAUGCCAUUUUGUCAUGCCUCUACUGAUUCAAUUUUUCUCGUUGCAACUAAACAACAGUUAAGUAACAUGUCUUUUAAGAAUAUUGUCGAGACAGCUGCUGAAGGCAUAGCUCAAGAAGGUAAGAAGUUAGGAAGACAGCGUGAAGCUCAAUGGAUGACUAAUGAAUUAUUCAAAGUGAAAAACGGUUCUGUUGAAGAAAUCUGGCGCUGUUGUGCUCGUCUGUACUCAAUGGAAAGUUUUUAUACAAGAAACUAA